AUGUUCGGACGUUUUAAAGCGAUCUAUUUUGUGUUUGUAAUAUUGUUUGCUUGUAAGCUAUUUACGGGCAGCACGGAGAAUGCGGUCGCUAAGGUCCCAGAUGAUGUUGUGAUGCGUCAGAAAAUUGUAACGGAACUGGAUGAAAUGAAAGGAUUGGUAGAGAAAAUGUAUAGAAGAUUUGAAGAUGCUAAUGUCGGACCCAAUAACGAGACAACCAUUUUUGAUAUACGCUUCGAUACCAUACCCGAACAUUGUCAAACCAAAGAACUCCCCAUCAAUUGUGAUGAAGCUACUGCCUGCAUAAAACGUAAUGGGAUCUAUAAAAUCCUCGUGAAAGAAUUCAGCACUGAACCCUUACUGGUGGAAUGUGAUGCAAAGACCCUAAAUGGUGGUUGGCUCCUCAUACAACGUCGUCAUGAUGGUUCCGAGAAUUUCUAUCGUGAUUGGAUCUAUUACAAGGAUGGUUUUGGUAAUAUCCAAGGAGAAUUCUUUAUUGGUUUGGAUAAAUUGCAUGCUCUCACAAAUUAUUUGGGACCCCAAGAGCUUUUGGUCGUCAUCGAAGAGGAGGGUAUUUAUAAAUAUGCCCGUUACAAUAGCUUUGCCAUUGGCAAUGAAGAGAAGUUGUAUGUCCUCAAGUCAUUGGGCAAGUAUUCCGGUACCGCCGGAGAUUCGAUGAAAAGUCAUGUCAAUAUGGAAUUUACGGCUCGAGAUCGUGAUCAUGACAAGGAUGUUAGUAAUUGUGCUCAGCGAUAUACGGGUGCGUGGUGGUAUAAAAAUUGUCAUCAAAGUAAUUUAAAUGGCAAAUAUGGCGACAACACCUUUGGUAAAGGCAUUAAUUGGCAAACCUAUAAGGGUUCCAAUCACUCGAUUACCAAUGUCAAAAUGAUGAUCCGACGUCGUCGAGAAUAA